AUAUGGCAUAAAUACAUCAGUGAGCUGAGCAUGAUAUACUUUACCAUUCACUAUUGAUCGGUUUGCUGUUGGAAGCUUAGCAAAAAUAAUUCAUAUCUGCAAUACAUAAUGAAGAUAUCACUUCAAUUUACUGUGCUCGUGAUUCUUUUCAAUGGAUACCCAAGUCUGGUUGAGAGUGCAAGCUGUAGCUGUAACUGCAACGACGGAGGAAGCUCUUGUCCAAAAACGCAAUACUACACAAGCACAAAGAGAUUGGUAAAACAAUGCGUAUUUAAAAGCAUAAACGACGAUAGAGACGUCGGUGCACUCACUAAACUCUCUUGUGAUUUCAACAAAGAAAAAACAGAUACUUCACUACGAGUGACAUUCAACGGUGUUAUGAGAGUGAUUGGUUGUUCUUCUGGAUGUUGUCGUCGCUGGUUUAUAACAAUCAACGGUAAAGAAUGCAAAGAUCCAGCAACAAUUGACUCAUUGAUAUGGGCAAAUGGUUCUGUAAAUCGUCACAUUCCUGGUGUAAUUGAUGGCAUUUGCAAUAACAUACCAGCAGGACCAGUGAGAGUCGGUCUGUCCAUAGCAGCCUGUUCUGGAUAUAGGGGCAACGGUUACACCGGUUGGAAUUCCGUUUCGCGUAUUUUAAUCGAAGAAAUGUCGAUAUAGUGAAGAAGAUAAACUUUAUUACUUCAAUAAUCGCAUGGUCAUCGAUACAAGUUUUGAACUGAAUAAAUACGAUUUAUGAAAGAGA